AUGCCAUCAAGUCCGCCACCGCCGCCGCCGCCAUCUCCGGUACCUGAUUACUCUAGCUGGAGUCCAUGGUCAAUCUCGAUCAUCGCCAUCGUAUGCAUCGUCGUCCUACUGUUGAGCAACUACAGAAUAUUGAAACGAUGGUGUCGUGUCUUUCAUGGAUUGUUUUGCGGUCGAUCUGUUGUCCAAUUCGAUGAAAACCCUAACGAUCCUUCUCCGCAAGUGCAUGUCCAUGGAUUGGAGGCUUCGACGAUUCGUUUGCUACCUAUAUCACAGUUCAAAAAGAACGAAGAAGCCGAAUCAACGGCAAGCAUCAAUACAGAAUGCGCUGUUUGUUUGGGCGAAUUCGAAGAAGGCGAAUUGAUUAAAAACUUACCUAAUUGCAAUCAUUCGUUUCAUAGUUCUUGCAUCGACGCCUGGCUCCGUAACCAUUCGAGUUGCCCUCUCUGCAGAUUGCACGUCUCGAAUCUCUCAAUCGAUUGUCCUACUCCUGAUUCUUCUUCAGCAAUGCUGGAGACGCUCAGUAGGGAAGACGUUGACGGAGAAAGAGUAUCGUAUUAUCAAACACUUCGUGCUCAAAUUCUUCAGAAUCCAGAUUUGAGAAGAGAUGCUUCGGUUCAAGGAUCAGAUCAACGAAACCGAUGAACCACAACGAUUUGCAAUCCGAUUUGAAGCAUUUGACAAAGGCAAUUCAAUCGACGGAAGGCAACAUUUUCGAUGUAGCAUAGAGAACGACGAUUUUCCCUUCGAAAUCAUGAUCCCAACUCAUCCAAUGAAAUUGUGUUUAUGAGCAACUCCAUCAGUGAAAUUGUAGUUUGUUUCCCCAA